AUGCCCGCCGCCGUCCUGACCGGCCACACGCACGCAGUCACCUCCGUCGCCUUCUCCCCAGACGGCACACGCAUCGUCUCUGGCUCCAACGACUUUACCAUCCGCAUCUGGGACGUGGAAACGGGCGAGACGAUCGGCAAGCCGCUCGAAGGUCACCACCGCUCCAUCACCUCCGUCGCCUGGUCUCCAAACGGCAAGCUCAUUGCCUCUGGGUCGUACGACUGCACCGUCCGACUCUGGGACGCGAAGACAGGAAGCGCGGUGGGCAAUCCGCUGAAGGGACACACCGACUGGGUCUGGUCCGUUGCCUUUUCGCCAAACAGCCAGCGGGUCGUCUCCGGCUCCGAAGACCGCACCGUACGCAUAUGGUUCACCAAGCCCGGCAAGGCGGCGGGCAAGACGCUCAGAGGGCACUCCGACGUCGUGCGCUGCGUUGCUUUCUCCCCAGACGGCAAUCAGAUUGCCUCGGGCUCGUACGAUUAUACGGUCAGACUUUGGGACGCAAGCACCGGGGGACGCGUAGGCGAGCCGCUCACAGGCCAUACGGAUCGGGUGAUGUCCAUCGCCUUCUCCCUCGACGGCAAGCGCAUCGUAUCCGGCUCGCGCGACUGCACAAUCCGCAUCUGGAGCCUCGAUGCCAACAGCGAGGACGAAGGCAAGAAGAUCGGCGAGCGUCUGUGGUGCGUUAGCGCCGUCGCCUUCUUCCCGGACGGGCGUCGCGUUCUCUCGGCGGCGGCUUGGGUUCUCGGGGUGAGGGUGUGGGAUGUGCAGAUGGGGUCGGCGGUUGGGGAGCCGUAUGAGGGGCUUGCGAGCGAUAUUAACGCUGUGGCGGUUUCGCCGGAUGGACGGCGGGUUGCGUCGGGGUCGGACGAUUGUACGAUCCGGAUUUGGGAUGUACAGCACGCACAGCUGUAA